AUCACUGUACUUUCUAUUGUAACAGGAAGUGCUCCCUACGCAAGUAUUUUACUCAAGCUGUCAAUAAUACCUAUAAAAAGCAUGGAUUUAUCAAAACUCACAAAUGAAAAGAAAUUACAUCUUUGUAAAUGGUAUUUUCGUGUUGGAUUUGCAUUUCUUCCGUUCCUUUGGACUGUUAAUGCAAUUUGGUUUAUACGAGAGGCUUUUAUUGUACCACCUUAUGAGGAACAAAAACAGAUUAAAAAAUAUGUAAUAUUUUCUGCCAUUGGAGCUAUCAUAUGGAUGAUUAUUCUUGUUACAUGGGUUAUAAUAUUUCAAACACAAAGAGCUGCAUGGGGAGAGUUUGCAGACAAUAUUAGUUAUAUCUUUCCUCUUGGUAUACCUUAAAAACUCAUAUAUGUCGUAAUAAUUAAUUGUUUUAUUCAUUUAAUAAGAAAUAUGCUUUCAAAAAUAUUAUUUAUUGUAAUUAUAAUUACUUUUUUACUUCAAAGACAGUAAUUGGUUCAUAUGUAUAAAACUCAAUUGUAAAAAUAUAUCAUUUAUUUUACGAUAAUAAUCAAUAGUUAAAUUAAAAUUGAAUAAUUUUGUAAAUAUAUACAUAGUCAAUACAUUUACAUUUAUAAAAAAGUUCUUGUGUCUUAAUCUUAAAAUACAUCUCAUUUAUACAGCC